AGUUAAAGCUGAAUCCAAAGCUGGAUCCAUCCUUCCCCACUCCUUAUUUUUGCCGAAAACUUAGGACGACACUUGUUCUGUCUUUAUUUCGAUGGUCAGCACUUGUUCUUGUUCUGUUCCUGUUUGGUCUUAUAAAAGUUGAAAAAGAAAACAAACGAGGACGCAGACCCUUAAAUCAUCACAUUCCAAGAACACACAGAGAGAGACAGAGAUUUUGGGUGUCCAAAUUUUAGACCCAAGUCACAGUGACUUGGGGAUAAAAUAUAUAUAAAGGGAUUUUGAUUCUUCAUUGGAAAAUUAGACAUUGGCCUCCAGGUAUAUGUCUAUGGCCAAUCCUCAACAUGAAAGAUCAAGGUCAGUCGUCUCCAUUGGCUCAACCUCAUUGAGGAGAAGGAAACCAAAGCGUCCUUCCUGGUUCACCCCCAGAAGGUUACUUUCCAUAUUCUGUGUGAUUAACUUGAUAAAUUAUGUGGACCGAGGAGCAAUAUCAAGCAACGGUGUGAAUGGAAACCUUGAAGUAUGUAAGGACGGUAUAUGCAAACCUGCUACCGGCAUACAGGGGCAUUUUGAACUGAGUAAUUUUGCAGUUGGAUGUCUAUCGUCAGCUUUUAUGGUUGGACUUUUGGUGGCAUCUCCAGUCUUUGCAGGACUGGCAAAGAGCGUAAAUCCAUUUAGGCUCAUUGGAGUUGGAUUGUCAGUUUGGACUUUUGCUGUAACUGGUUGUGGUUUUUCAUUCAGCUUCUUGUCUCUCUUCAUCUGCCGCAUGCUAGUUGGUGUUGGUGAGGCUUCAUUUAUCAGUCUUGCAGCUCCGUUCAUUGAUGAUAAUGCUCCAGCAGCUCAGAGAACUAUAUGGCUUUCAACUUUUUACAUGUGCAUACCAUCUGGAUAUGCUCUUGGUUAUGUAUAUGGAGGCUUGGUGGGAUCUUAUAUCGGUUGGCGUGUUGCAUUUUGGGGAGAGGCAAUUCUGAUGCUACCAUUUGCUAUUCUAGGAUUUGUUAUGAAGCCUCUGCGGAUGAAAGGUUUUAAGAAUGAUGAAUUUACUGAAGCAUUGAUUGUGCAGGAGACGGCUGUCUCAGAAGUUCAAGGUGCUUUGAACCCCAAGGAUAGGGCAGUUUCGAUGAAGGAAGAUGUAACAAAUUCUACCAUACAGAAACAUCCAAAGCCAAAACUUUCUACAAGGAUAAAAAAUCAUCUUUCAAGGUUUAUGAAAGACAUGAAGGAGCUUUUGGUCGACAGGGUUUAUAUAAUUGAUGUUCUUGGUUACGUAGCAUACACCUUUGUAAUUGGUUCAUACUCAUAUUGGGGGCCUAAGGCUGGUUAUAAUAUAUAUCAUAUGACUAAUGCAGAUAUGAUUUUUGGAGGUAUGACAAUUGUGUGCGGAAUAGUAGGAACACUAGCAGGCGGUGUUCUUCUGGAUUUCAUGUCUAAUACUAUCACCAAUGCUUUCAAGCUUCUUUCAACAGCAACUCUACUUGGGGCAAUAUUAUGCCUUGGUGCCUUUUGCUUCAAGAACAUGUAUGGUUUCCUAGCUCUUUUUGCAGCUGGGCAACUACUUCUCUUUGCAACUCAGGGUCCUGUAAAUUAUAUUAUUCUCCAUUGUGUUAAACCUAGUUUGAGGCCACUAUCUAUGGCCAUAUCUACUGUUGCAAUCCACAUAUUUGGGGAUGUGCCUUCCUCACCUGUUGUUGGAGUUGUCCAGGAUCACUUAAAGAAUUGGAGGUCAACUGCUCUUAUUCUAACAUCCAUUUUAGUUCCAGCAGCAGGCAUAUGGUUUGCAGGAAUUUUCAUGGACAGUGUGGAUAAAUGCGAAGAAGAAAGUGAUGAUGAAGAAAGCGAUGAUGAGAUAACAACUGAAAUGCCAUCGCUUGAAGAGAAGAAGACUGAAACAACUGAAUCUGCUGUGUAGUAGGUCAUUUAAUUCAUGUAAAUAUGGUCCCCCUAUUACAAUUCUCUCUUGUUUUCCGAGGGCUUUCUUAAUAUCUAUUUUAUAGCAGAGGUUUGUAUGAAAUCAUAAUCAACAUUUUCGAACAUUUUUCUCUGUAGAGAAGGAAAAAGUUUCUAUAGUAUGUAAUGCUUUUCCACAAGUACACAUAAUUGUGUGCUUUUGGAGUUUUGGUUGCUAAGAAUUAG